AUGGAUUUAGUGAUCUUCAUUUAUCAAUUUUUGUUUUGUUGCAAAUUGCUGGCAGUGCAAAGUGAGAUGAGUGCGUGCGGCAUGAACAGGGCGAGCAUCUUGGGAUGUGAUGUUUCUAGGAAGAAGAUGCUGAUGAAAUGCACCUUUCAAGCACCUCUGCCGAAUGAAGAUAUUAGAUGGACCAUCGUGUACAGUCGCGAUUUUGCGUAUUAUGAUCGCGAAGUUUUUGAAUGUCCGAAUCCGACGUUGAAUUCAUGCACAUGGAGCAGACGAUCAGGAAGAGAUCGACACACGGACGAUGUCGGCUACAGUUUCACUUUCUUCAUUUUCGAUAAACUCCUGCGUGAGUUCCUCAAAGGCAGCAAGUUUAAAUUUAAUACUGAAAUCAGUGAUUACGAGGCCUGUAUAUUAGGACACAAAGUUGUGGAACAGAGUGAACAACAUAUAAUAGUCAUCAAUCUCAGUUGGAUUGUUUUUCAAGAAAAUGUAUCAAGCCAGAGUAUAAUUCAAAGAAGAUUGCUUCCUAUAAAUAAUGGUGACCACAACAGUAAUGAAAACAACUUGAAUGUUGAUGUGUUUGCAAUGAAGUUGCACACAAGGGAGCACAAAUUCAUCCUGAAACACAAUUCCUACUACACUUUUAUCUUAAAUAUCACAUUCAGUAAUGCUAAGUCUCUGGUUGUUUUUCAUCAGCUACAGACAAAAGGAAGUUGA